AUGUGCAGUCGCUGGCGGUCGAAAGCAGCACGUGAUCCAGUGGCGCAAAACGGCUUAGUGCAUCUUGGCGCGCGCACGACACAACCGAGUGUCCAAUAUCGAGCGCCAGCCAGAUCAACUCCACGAAACCUCCAUCGACAACCAGCCGCCAACAUGCCCAAGGACGUGAAGCAGAAGUCCGGUAUCAUCGUCGGCCUCAACGCCGGCCACAAGGUCACCCCUAGGACCCCCGCCGCUAGGAUCUCCCGCAAGAGGGGUCUUCCUUCCAAGCGCACCACCUUCGUGAGGGAAAUCACCCGUGAGGUUGCUGGACUUGCCCCCUACGAGAAGCGUGUCAUCGAGUUGCUCCGCAAUGCCAAGGACAAGCGUGCCCGUCGUCUAGCAAAGAAGAGGCUCGGUACCUUUGGCCGCGCCAAGAGAAAGGUCGAGGAGAUGACCAACGUCAUCCAGGAGUCCAAGCGCACCGGUCACCAUUAAACAACUCCUUUCACCAGUGACAAGUCAAUUCGUUCAUUCGGUACGGCGCAAUGUUCAAUAUCAAAAAAUAAAGGAACGGAUGGAAACCGGGUUACGAUGGCGGAGGGAAGGGCAGGAGACAUGAAUACCACCUUUUUUUCUCUGACUCGUUCUCUCUCCUGCGAACCAAUCAAUCAAUUCACACAUUUCUGUCGUUGGGGUGGGGUGUUGGGUCUUACUCUUUUCUUUCACACGGAAAGCAAACAAACGGGCGGGAAUUGAAAUGAUGCAUGCAUGAACAAACGGGGGGAUCCUGUCAGCCUUUACUCGGAGGUUGCUUCUUCCCCUCACAGACCUUAACGAUAAACCUCCCCGAGAAAUGUGAUUCAAUUCACGCCAAUGGCUUGUGUUCUUGUGCAUGACAUGCUGUGCUGUAACAUGUGUUCUUGCUGUGUCUGCACAUGUGCUGCCUCUGUUUUGAACCAUCCAACUCACUCUCAACAAUUCACAAGCAGACCAAACACACACACACACACACACACACACACACACACACACACACGAAGAAUGUCUGCAAUACACAUUGUCCAUUGUCCAUUGUUCAUCGCUUAUGCAUGGAACACACGAUGCCGAUCUAGCAUUAUUGACCGUACCCAGCGCUUCUCGAGCACAUCAAGGCCAGAGAGAGAGACAGGACACACCAGAUCCCCAUUAUUCCCAUGACCAUCCAUCCAU